AUGUCCGUCAACUUUCGAGACCGGGCCAUCGCCGAGGUCCAGAAGGCUAUUGCCGCGGACAACGAGAAGGAAUACCAAAAGGCCUUUGAUCUCUACAUGUCGUCGAUGGAGCUUUGGGUCAAGGCCCUCAAGUGGGAGAAGAACAAGGCCAUCAAGGCCACCAUGCAGGAGAAGAUGGCUACCUACUUGGACCGUGCCGAAAAGCUGAAGCAGUUCUUGCAAUCCGAGAGUGAGGCCAAUGCCAGCGGCGGCAAGACGCCCAUGGGAGCCAAUGGAUCCAGCGCAGGAGGCAAAGCCAAGCCAUCAGCAGAGGACGAAGACAGCAAGAAGCUUCGCAAUGCGCUGUCAGGAGCCAUUCUCCAGGAGCGACCAAACGUGAGAUGGGAGGAUAUUGCUGGAUUGGAGGGCGCCAAAGAGACGUUGAAAGAGGCCGUCGUGCUGCCCAUCAAAUUCCCAAACCUGUUUCAGGGCAAGAGACAAGCGUGGAAGGGUAUCUUGUUGUACGGCCCUCCAGGAACCGGAAAGAGUUACCUGGCCAAAGCCGUCGCGACAGAAGCAAACAGCACGUUCUUCAGUAUUAGCAGUUCUGACUUGGUGAGCAAAUGGAUGGGUGAGAGUGAAAGACUCGUGAAGCUCUUGUUUUCCAUGGCAAGAGAGAACAAGCCGUCUGUCAUAUUUAUUGACGAGAUUGACGCUCUCUGCGGCCCUCGAGGUGAGGGUGAAUCUGAAGCUUCUCGACGUAUCAAGACGGAAAUCCUAGUGCAGAUGGACGGUGUCGGCAACGACAGCAAGGGCAUUCUUGUACUAGGCGCAACCAACAUUCCAUGGCAACUGGAUGCCGCUAUUCGCCGACGUUUCCAAAGACGUGUUCACAUCGGCCUACCCGACCCCAACGGGCGAGCGAGGAUGUUCAAGCUUGCUAUUGGAGAUACAGACACUGCUUUGGAAGCUAGCGAUUUCAGCGCUCUGGCAUCGUUGUCAGAUGGAUUCUCGGGAAGCGACAUCAGCAACGUUGUUCAACACGCUCUCAUGAGACCCGUUCGGAAGAUUUUGCAAGCGACUCAUUUCAAGCCCAUAAUGAAAGAUGGCAAGAGAAUGUUGACGCCUUGCUCUCCUGGAGACCCGGAGAAGAUUGAGAUGACGUACGACGAUGUCAAGCCGGAGGAGCUGUCGGCUCCAGACGUGACGCUCCAAGAUUUUGAGAUAGCUUUGGCCGACUCACAUCCCACAGUGUCCAAGGAUGAUAUUGAGAAGCAAAUUGAAUGGACAAAUGAAUUUGGCAGCGAGGGAGCUUAG